AUGAUUGCUACUAUUGCAGCUUCGGCUAUGUUCCUUACUGGAGCUUUAGCAGAAGGUGAAGAAGUUAAAAAGGCAUACUAUCAGUAUACAUAUGAAGAAUUGAAUAGUUUAACAAUUUUCCAACGUGCUUUACUUAAUGAUUGGAGAUUGGAAGGAUUCACUCUUGCAUUCAUUACCUUAUUUGUUUUAUUAUUCCUUGCUGGUGAUAUCUAUAAUAAAAGAUUAGUUGUUAGGCUAUUAGAAAACUUGAAAGGUUCAUUUGAAAAGAAUUUUUAUCAAUAUGGUGUAAAUCCAAAUACUCUUUAUAUUAAAGAUAGUUCUGAAAAUUAUUCUUCUUAUGCUACCGGUAGAGUUAACAUUGCAAAAGUUAAUAUCCUUUUCAAAUUAAAACCAAGACAUAAUCUGUUUGUUUGGAUCUUAGAAACCAUUUUAUCAUUUUUUACUGUAAGUGUACCUUAUCCAACUGAUAGAGUUGAUUUCGUUAUUACUCCAUCUUCUGAUGCUGAAUAUGAUAAUUUUAUUGCUGCUAUUGUUUCUAAAAUUGGAAUGAAUGAUUAUAGAAAAUUAAAUUACUUUUUAUCUUUAACCAAGACUUCUGAUUCUCCAAAUUUACCACAAUCUUUUGUUUAUAUGAGUGAAGCCAAUGAAUUCCAAGAGAAAAUUACUACUCCUGAUUUAAAGAAAGCUUUAACUUUAGAAUCUGCUUCUUUUAUUAGAUAUCUUGCUGUUACUGAUCAACCAGCUGAACAUCCUGAAUCUCUUCAUGAAAUGACUCCAAGAAGAAAAAUCAUUUUAUCUACUGAUGUCACUUCAAAUGUUGAACAAAUUAAACAAAUUGGUAGAGUAUUAGAAGCUUUAUUCCAAUUAGUUGAUAAAUUAGCUGCAAAGGAAAUUAGUUUUAAAGCUGAAGCUGUAAAGAAAGUUGUUAAAACAAGAGAUCUUGAAAUUGCUAAACUUCAAAAGAUUGAAGAAGAAAUUAAGCAAGAAAAAUUGGCUGAUGAAAAGGCUAAAUUAAAGAGAGAAGAAAGAGAUAAGUUAAGAAAUUCUAGUAAAGAUGAACAACUUAAAGCUGAAAAGAGAGCUCAAGAAAGAAGAGCUAGAAAACAACAAAAGAAACUUAGAGCUUAG